CCCACGCCCAGAGGACGCGCCCCAGACGCGCCCCCACGCCGAGAGCAAGCGCCCCCUCGGCCCCCACACGCCAAGACGAUGUCCGCCGCUGCCCAGCCUGCCGAUCCCAACGCGUCGAAGGAGGUCGACGCAUCGACGAAGCCCGAGCCCGCUGCCGAGGGAUCAUCGAAGCAGCCCGUUACCGUGUCCGCUGUUGCUGCCGAUCCUGAGAAGGAUGCGUCCAUUGACCCCGCUGAGGGAACUGUGCACCAGGCGGCGCUCGGUCCCAAGGCGCAAAGGGGAACCAUCUGGUGGCUAGGCCCUCUAGGUCACUUCUUUGCACCUCUGGACUCAAGAUACGCAGAGGCUGUCCACCGCGAUGCCGAGACCGUACAUUUCACGGAGGAAGAGGAAAAGGCCGUGCGCCGCAAGAUCGACGUCCGCGUUCUCUCGCUCGUCGUGCUCAGCUACGUCUUCAACCAAUUCGAUAGAACGAACAUUGGUAACGCCCACACGCUUGAGCAAUUCAACGACAACUUCGGUAUCACGUCUAACGCAAAAUGGACACUUGCGCUUAGUAUCUUCUACGUCGGCUACUGUUUACUCGAGAUGCCUGCAAACGUGCUGCAGAGGAGAAUUGGUGCGAACAGAUUCUUCUUCCUCUCCCUCACCUGGUGGGGCAUUGCAUCCCUCUCCUUCGUAUACGCGAAGGGGUAUGGCGGACUUCUUGCUUUGCGUGUCCUCCUGGGUAUUGGCGAAGCUGGUUACUACGCAGGCAUGAUUUACUACCUAUCCUUCUGGUACCGGCGCCACGAGCUGGCGAUGCGGAUCAGUCUAUGCAUGACCGGCACCCUCCCCGGCGCGAUCGGCGGUCUCCUCGCCUUCGGUCUCGUCCGUGCGCACACGAGCUUGCUGGCCGGAUGGCAGUUCCUCUUCCUCAUUGAGGCGAUACCGACCAUCCUCAUGGCAUUCGCCAUCCUUAUGUUCUUGCCCAGCUUCCCCUUCGCAGCGGGUUUCUUGAGCCCCCGCGAACGCGCCAUCGCCCAAGCCCGCCUGGAUCGUGACCACCGCCCGCGCUCGCACGGCGGCAUGGGUGGCUGGGAGGGCUUCAAGGCCGUCGUAUCCGACCCGAACGCAUGGCUUUUCAUGAUCCUCUACGCCAGCUUCAACAUCGGCGUGGCGACGGUGUCGUACUUCUUGCCUACGCUCAUCAAGGGACUCGGCUUCACCGCUAUCAAUGCACAAGGGAUGACGGUGGCGCCGUACGCGGCCGGCUGGUUCUUGGUGUUCUUCCAGGCAGUGCAUAGCGACCGCACGAAGGACCGCGGCUAUCACAUUAUGGGCUCCUGCUUCACCUCGUUUGUCGGGUACCUCAUCCUGGCGACGGCGGUGCAGAAGUCGGUCGGCGCGGCGUACUUUGCGCUGUUCUUGGUGAUUGGGGGCAACUAUAGCUUGUUCCCGUUGGUGAUGUCUUGGGCUUCCAACACGUUCUCUCCAACGUCGAAGCGCGGCGUGGGCACCGCGUUUAUUGUGUCGAUUAGUAACUGCAUUAGCAUUGCUUCGCCACAAAUCUACUUCGACGACGACGAUGACUAUCGGAAGGGCCAUGGGAUCAGUGCUGCUUGCCUCCUCGUCGCAUUUUUGACUGCAUUUGCGUUGCGAACGCGACUGGCGUUGAAGAACAAGAAGCGCGCGUUGAUCUUGGCUGAGAUGGAUCCGGCUACACGAGAGAAGUUGGAUCGCGAGACGGACUUGGCGGAUUUGCACGAUAGUGAUCCGCGGUAUGUUUACAUGACAUGAGUGAGGUGCUAUGUCAUCCUUAUCCCUCGACAUGAUGAUGAGUCAUGCAUGACCUGAUUGCCAUUGACCCUGCGGCGAACAGCACGCUGCGCGGCAUGGGACACGGAGUAUGCAGCGAUAUGUUGGACGAAUUUGCGAGAGCAAGUGGCGUAACAACUUACUUAAGUGCACUGAUAUAAAGACAAUCCAUACUCUGGAUGAACUGGGA